AUUUUUAAGUGCGUGGGCAUGCAGAGCACUUGAUGCUACAGGACACGGGCACAUGGCCCAAGCAAGCAUUGUUUGGAGACUCUUGCUAGCGGUCAUGUUACAUAGAUUCGUUGCCUAUGGGCCUGCUAAGCAGCUGGCGUACUCUGUAGUCUACUGACACAGUUUUUUGUCGGUCGACAUGUGGUCAGCAAAAUCAAAAUUCAUAUAGAAUGGUUCGUCAGUGUGAACACCCAGGACCCAUUCUUCAUUGCAUGUCCUGGGUCCUUGGUUUCGCUAAGUCUGCACUAUUUAUCGUGAUCAACAACUGGACGAACUUGAGCCCGCAUGCAAGCAGCGUCGUCGUCGUCUAUUCGUCUGCAUUGUCUUCCCUCUCGUUGUCUUGAACCUAUCUCCUGAGAAGUGCAUCGCUAGACGCAUUGGCAUCAGGAUUCGCAUCAGGAUGGCGUGCUAGUUAGAGUAUAGUGGGGUGUUGGCUUUCAGUUUGCGGGGAAAUAUCAGGUGAUACGAAAGCUUAUAUGCUACCAUGAUAUAUCAACUUAAAAGAUUCAAAUUCAAACUUGUCAAAAAAUUUUGAAAAAAAAUCAUGGAUGUUCAUGGCAUAUAUGUCGACAACCCCUAACAAAUUCCGCUCAAAAUUCAACAUACACAUACAGAAACAAAAAAGACAAAUUCAGAUGUGAAUAGUGUCAUUUUUGCUUUUGUCUUCUUUUGACACUAUUCAUGAUGGAUUUGUCUUUUUUUUCUCUAUGCGUAUGUUGGAUUCUGAUCAGAAUUUUUUAGGGGUUGUCGACACAUGUCAUGUACAUUCAUGAUUUUUUUCAGAAUUUUUCACAAGUUUAAAUUUGAAAUUUUUCAAGUUAAUAUCAUGAUAGCAUAUAAGGGCUGGUAUCACCUAAGAGUAGUACCACUAGUACUAUAGCCCCCUGCUUCAUGGUCAGAGGUUUGGAGCCUAGUAAUUUUAUUUUUACAAUAAUGCAUGUGCGCAGAAGUAGUACCACUGCUACUAGCCUAGAGCUUGGAGCCUAGUAGUUUUACCAUCCACUCUAGCUAAGUUGACUUCAGAAGUUCAACACAGUAUGGUGAAACCCAAUACUCUAUAUCAGAUCGCACUUGUGGCAUGUGUGGCAAACGCUAUGGGUGGCUCUUUGGUGGUAGGAUCUUAACGGUAGGGUAUUUUUCACGUCAAACGGACGUCACGGCUCAGUCGAAUCCUACCGCCAAGGUCUACCGCGGUAGGCAGUUAUACCCUACCGCCAUCAACCUCGGCGGUAGGAAAAGGGUCGGAUCCAAAAAAAAUUUAGACCAGGGUUAAAUUUGGCUUAAGUUUCGCAAAAAGGUCAAAACACCAAAAUUGGCCUUUGAAUGCAGCAAGGCACACCCCCACCGCGCUGUAGAUGAAACAAGGUCCUUGUGUCAGCCAUGUGGCCACGGUAUUUAUCUAUAUAUAAUGAUGUGUCUUUGUCAUUCCCAGCACUUUUUAAUGCACGGAUCACCUCGAUCAGGCCAACCAUUGUCGUCCAGAUGCCGCUGCGUCCAUCCACUCUCCCUAUCUCCUCUACUCUCCUAAGCCUCCUUCGUUAAAUGGCAGAACCGAGGGAGGGCAAGCAGACAUACAAGCAGAGCAGCCAUGGCUACCCUCCACAUGUUCCUCGGCCUCCUCCUCCUCUCCAUGCACACCAUUCCUCCUAGCAUAGCCACAAAAGACGAUACUCUCGCGCCAGGCCAGCCAUUUGCCGUCGGCGACAAGCUCGUCUCCAGCAACGGCAAGUUCGCGCUUGGCUUCUUCCAGCCCAGUGCCGGCAACACCAGCAAGUCAUCCACCUCUCCACAUUGGUACCUUGCCAUAUGGUUCAACAAGAUCCAUGUCAUCACUCCCGUUUGGGUCGCCAACCGGGAGACGCCAAUCGCCGGACCCGAUCUGAGAGCAACGCAGCUUCAAGUCUCAGAAGAUGGCAACCUUGUCGUUUUAAACAACGCCACCCAAUCCGUUGUCUGGUCCACCAACAUCACCAAUACAAGAACCAACACCAACAUCUCCAAUGCUAGAACCAACACCAGCAACACGAGGGCCAUCCUCUUGGGCAGUGGGAACCUCGUCAUAGAAAGCCUGUCAAGCGAGGUGCUGUGGCAGAGCUUCGACGACCCAACCGACGUCCUGCUCCCAGGCGCCAAGAUCGGCUGGAACAAGGUCACCGGCCUGAACCGUCUCGGCAUCUCGUGGAAGAGCCGGAUUGAUCCGGGCCUCGGCUCCUUCAGCGUGGGGCUGGUAACCAAUGGCACCAGGAUGGUGACGGCCAGGCGUCGAGGCUACCCUUCCGAAGUGUACUGGUGGUGGUCGCCUGACGACCACUCGUCGAUGCAGAUCCCAGCAAUCACGAAGCUGCUGCAAAUGAGCCCACAGACCAGCAUGGUCGUCCCAGAAUACGUCAACAACAGGGAGGAGGAGUACUACAUGUACACCUCACCAGAUGAGAUCUCUUCGUUCCUCUUCAUGGACGUGUUUGGUCAGGCCAGGCUGAACGUGUGGUCGCAAGACAACCAGGCAUGGCAUAGCAUCUACGUCAACCCAGCCGAUCCCUGCACCCCAUACGCCGCCUGCGGACCGUUCACCGUCUGCACCGGCAGCUCGCACCCGCCAUGCGAGUGCAUGGAGAGCUUCUCCAGAACGUCGCCUCAGGAUUGGGAGCUCGGUGACCGGACAGGAGGGUGCUCCAGAAACACUCCGCUGGAUUGCAAUGGCAACAGGAGUUCCACAGACGUGUUCCACCCCAUAGCUCGUGUGGCAUUGCCCUAUGGUCCCCAGAGUUUACAGCAUGCUCCUGCAAAUCGGAGCGAAUGCGAAUGGGCCUGCCUCACCAACUGCUCCUGCACUGCUUACUCCUACCAUGACAGCAAAUGCUCUGUUUGGCAAGGGGAGUUGUUCAGUGUAAACAAGGAUGAUGGCAUCGAGAUCAGCUCUGAAUAUACUCUGUAUAUUCGCCUUGCUGCCGGAGAUGUUCCGAGUUCAACAAGAGAUGGUAAAAGAAAACCAGCAGCUGGAGCUGUUAUUGCUGCAAGCGUUAUCAGUUUUGGGUUGCUGAUGCUCAUGCUGCUACUGGUGAUCUUAAGGAACAGAUUCAACUGGUGUGGUAUGUCAUCACAGGACACCAAUCAAGGUAGUGUUGGAGUUGUUGCCUUUAGAUACGCCGAUUUGGGCCGUGCUACAAAGAAUUUCUCAGUGAAGCUAGGAGCAGGAGGUUUUGGGACUGUAUUUAAGGGAGUUCUAAGUGACCUGACUAGUGUAGCAGUGAAAAGGCUUGAAGGUGCGCGUCAGGGAGAGAAGCAAUUCAGGGCAGAGGUAAGUGCACUUGGACUGAUCCAGCACAUCAACCUGGUCAAAUUGGUUGGUUUCUGUUGUCAUGGUGAUAAGAGGCUACUUGUAUAUGAACACAUGUGCAAUGGUUCUCUUGAUUCCCAUCUGUUCCAAAGCAAUGGUAUAGUCCUCAACUGGAGCACCAGAUAUCAGAUAGCCAUCGGAGUUGCUAGAGGAUUGUCCUACCUGCAUCAGAGUUGCCGCGAAUGCAUCAUACACUGCGAUAUCAAGCCAGAAAAUGUACUUCUCGAUGAAUCGUUUGUCCCUAAAAUUGCAGACUUUGGGUUGGCAUCGGUCAUAGGAAGGGAUUUUAGCCGGGUUCUAACUACAUUCAGGGGAACUACAGGGUAUCUUGCCCCAGAGUGGCUUAGCGGGGUUGCUAUUACAUCAAAAGUCGAUGUUUACAGCUUUGGCAUGGUACUGAUAGAAAUCAUAUCGGGAAGAAGGAAUGCGUCUGUUGUGCACACUAACAGCAACGACCAUGUCACUUUUUUCCCUGUGCAAGCCAUCAACAAGCUUCAUGAGGGAGAUGUGCAGAGCUUGGUAGAUCCAGAAUUACAUGGUGACUUUAACUUGGAUGAGGUUGAAAGAGUUUGCAAUGUAGCAUGUUGGUGUAUCCAGGAUAAUGAGCUGGAGCGGCCAACAAUGGGUGAAGUGGUCAGAGUUCUUGAGGGUCUAAUGGAGCUUGAUAUGCCUCCGAUGCCAAGACUGCUUGCGGCUAUAACAACAUAAUGCUCUGAUGUCACUUCGAUGUAAUAAUUCUAACUAUUUGUAUUGUGUAUGCUACCUUUAUUUGCUUCAGAAAAUUUUAUGGUUCUCGUUUGGACGUGUAAUAGCUCAAAGGUCAUAUAAGAUUAUAAAUAAUUUUUUUCCUGCA